GCAGACAGCAUUUUAAAGCAUUUAAUAGUCACUUUUCAGAGAAAAUGAUAUGAAGGACCCAACUACAGUGCACCUAGUGACAUGUUCUGAGACGUCAGUGAAGCUAUGGGCUCCCCCCAACUACGAACUAUCUCGCGAGUUAGUUCCCCCGCAUGCCGCCUCAAACAUAUCCAACAUAUGCUAUGACCACGUGAACAACAGGAUCAUCAGUUGCAAUGUGGCCGCGCAAGGAACAGUUGCCACUAAUUUGAACGACGAUGAGAGCGAAUUGUUGACGCCGGAGAUCAAUGCAUUCAAGAUUGACCUCAGUUUCAACUGCAAGUACCUCCUAGGAGGCACAUUACAGGGAAAAGUCACGCUUCUAGAUGUGAAGAGUAAGAAGGUGAAGCAGACGUACAGUGAGCAUUCUUGGCCUGUGUCGAUAGUGAAGAUCAGCAGCAGAAGUCACAGCAUAGCAGCCAGUGGAGACACGAGUGGAGAAGUCAUCUCUUAUAACAUCGCAAGUGGCAAAUCCAACAAGCUCAACUCCUCUCGUUUGGGGGACAAACAACAGCCAGUAUCUGCCCUCAAUUUUUCCCCCUUUCGCAAUGGCGUGCUCUGCAGUGGCGACGAUUCCGGAAUUGUCACGUUUUGGGACACGUCGAUGUGCUGUGAGACCACAUCGUUCGGCUCCCUCCACGAUUCCACAGUCACCUCUCUAUCCUUCUCGCCCGUGAACGAAAUGCUCCUUCUGACGUCAUCACUCAACCGCAGACUAGUCUACCUAGGGAACAGCUUAAUAGAAAAGUGUUUCAACCUAGAUACCACUGCUCAUACAACUGUGAAAACAGUUCACACGGAGAAAUUGAUUACGAGCAGUUGUUUGCUAUCCGAUGGAACUACUAGUGCAGUGGCGACGGAAGAUGGACUGGUGUUGCUGUAUGAUUUGAGGAAGCUGGACACCCCCACAUUCUUCUUCACUUCUCACUUCAAGUCGCCCAUAUCACAUCUAUCCCAGUUGACAGCUCCCCCUUCGUACUCUUCAAAGCGAAGUCUAACAGGCUCCGUCACUUCUCUCAACGAGGCCAACGGUGGGGGCAAAACCAGCAGUGGCUUCUCCUCUUCUGGCUUCACAUCUACCAGCGAGAACGAAUCAGAUGCAGCCGCAAACACCACAGCCGCAGAACAGCAUUCACAAUCUUCGAAUCGCUCAACAGGCUCCGCCCCUCUAAGGGCAUCACACGCAUUACAACACAGUGGCUCUCCAACAGCCAUGGCAGCUGCUGCUAUUAUGACAUCAAAAACUCCGCCUAUCAAGAGACCUCUGAGUACGAGUAAUGUGGGGCCGAAUGUGGGACUGCCCUCGUAUUACGCAGGAGGCAGUGUGUUCUCGCCACUUGAAAGUGGAUAUGCGAGCUCAAUGAACGAUUUGUAUUCGAAAUCCAAGCUAGCAAAUGGAUCAUCACCUGUGCAGUCUCCCCUUGCCUCUGAGUUGCAGAAUCGGAUCCCGAGAACAUCCUCGAACGACGACUCCCUUACAUCAGUCAGUGAAUGUAACUCAGUCCGAAAAUCAUCAGCGACACCUACAGCUAAUGUCCUGAACAAAAAACCACCGCAGCAUAAUCUAAACUUUCAGUCAAAUUCGUCUAUCGCCCAAACGCAAACAGAAUCUGCACCUAUGUCUAAUGGAUUUCAUGCGUCUUCAUCAUCAUCAGCAGCUUGUGUAUGUGGCAGUAAUCCAGCAUCGUCGUCUUUAGGCGCACCUGAUAACGUUGACCUUUUGAGGAAAACAAUACUAGAAUCAACAGAAUCGGUCAAGGUAAUUCUGCAGAAAGAGUUCAGUAACGCACAGAUCAACAGUUACAAUGAUUUCUUCACGCUCAAGAAGAUGAUUGAAAAGUUGACGGAAGAAAACGAAUCGAUGAAAGCGGAACUUGCAGGGCUCAAAGAGACUGUCAAUAAGAUGCAAUACAGGGCUAAUUUUUUUGGAUAGCCUUAACGCAGGGUAGAUUUCUACCCCGGGCUGUCCUCUUGGAAAUCGAGGCAGAUUUUUUCUUUUGAUUUUUGGGACCGAGUUGACCAUCUCGGAUUGUAAAUAGACUGACCUACUCUGACUAGAAGCUUGUUUAGGCGCUUACAAUAGAAUUCAGGAUUAAUUUUUGUACUGAACAGUCUUUCAAAUUAUGGAUUAUCAUUACUUUAUGGGUAAAAUUACAUCAUGUUAUAGAUCAAAUAGAUUGAAAUAUUCGCGGAAUCUUAAUUAGAAAAUGUCAUUGCUUGCCAGUUUCUGCUGUUGCAGUUAUAAAAUGGUGUUAUUUCUUCGAGUUGGCGUGCUGAUUUUAACGACAGCAGGAUACAAAUUGAAGAUAGCCAUUAGCUUAAACUACUUAACUCCACAGAUUAGAUCUUCCAGGGGCUUGUUCAUUGAUUGAUUAAGCAACAGAAUUUAGUUUUACUUGAAUUGUUUGAGGAAUAUUUUUGUAUAGCAGUUAAUACGUCCAUUAAUAAAAUAUUAGUGUCUCACAACUUCCUGAAGCCUUAACAAUCAAUUUGAGUCAUUUUUGA